AUGCCCACCUGGACUCGACUCGUUCAAGUCCUUUUCGGCUGCCAAAGAGCUGGCCUCUUGACCAUUCCUCUACUCCCACCUCACCCUUCUUUUCACAAACCAAACUACCACCACUUCCUUAGAGUUGUCUCACAGACCAGGCCUAAAGCUGCCGUAGCUCCUCCUCAUUACAUUGCUCUUGUCCAACAAUACACCAGCUCUUGCUCUUCUUCUGUCGAUCCAGACCUUGUGGUGAUACUGAGAAACUUAAUAUGGAUUUCAACUGAAGAUAUAAAACACGGAGAAACUACUGCUUCAAGGGGUGUAAUGGAUAGCCCAUCUUAUAAUGGUUGCAAGGUUGAUGAAGUAUAUUUGAUUCAGUACACGUCAGGAGCAACUGGGAUUCCAAAGCCAGUGCUUGUGACUGCGGGAUCAGCUGCUCACAAUGUUAGAACAGCAAGGAAAGCUUAUGAUCUCCACCCGAAUAGCAUCAUUGUCUCCUGGUUGCCUCAAUAUCAUGAUUGUGGUCUAAUGUUUCUGCUGCUCACCAUUGUAUCUGGUGCAACCUGUGUACUAACAUCACCUGCUUCAUUUGUUAACCGGCCUAUGCUAUGGCUUGAGAUGUUAUCAGAUCUUAAGUCAACUUGCACUCCUGUUCCAUCCUUUGCCUUAACUCUUGUCAUGAGGCACCAUGGAAAAUCCGACCAGAAAGAAAACUCAAAUCUAAAUCUACUAUGUUUGAAGAACCUAAUCCUUAUUAACGAGCCUCUUUACAAGUCAUCUGUGGAAGAGUUUCUUCAUGUCUUUCAACCUUAUGGGCUGAAUCCCUCGUGUAUAGCUCCAUCUUAUGGCCUUGCAGAGAAUUGUACCUUUGUUUCAACUGCAUGGAGAAACAACAAGAAUGACUGCUGGGAUUAUUUUCCAUCUCACAAGCAGCUCUUACCAAGUGCAAAGCUUGCAGAUCAGUUGGAUGAAGUGGAGAUAAUAAUCGUUGAUGAACAAACUAAGGAGGCUGUUGAGGAUGGAAUCGAAGGUGAGAUUUGGAUCUCAUCUCCCAGCAAUGCUUCUGGUUACCUCGGCCACCCUUUUCUCAGCCAAAAAAUAUUCCAAGGGAGGCUCAAGAAUAAGAUCAGUAGCAGGUAUUAUGUACGAACAGGCGACCGAGGCAUUGUUAAGGGACAAGAAAGAUUUCUUUAUGUGACUGGCCGGUGUGUGGACAUUAUCAAAACCCAAAACAAUCAAGAGAUACAUCCUCAUUACAUCGAGACUGCAGCUUAUAAUUGUUAUCCACAGUUUCUCAGAGGAGGAUGUCUUGCUUGUUUCAGCAUUUCAAGAACUAUUACUCUUGUUGCAGAGCUGCAGGGAAGCGAGAAAUUAGACCAGAGCAUUUUGAGGAGGUUGUGUGAAGGGAUCAAACAAGAUGUUCUCAAGGAAGAGAAUGUGAAAGUUGGGAGGGUGAUUCUGGUGAAACGUGGGUGUGUUCCAAGAACUACUUCGGGUAAAAUACAAAGAUGGGCAGCCAUGGAUAAGCUUGUUAGAAAUCAAAUGAGUAUAGUGAUGGAUCUGAGAACCGAACAAGCUGGUGGGUUCGACUACUCAUUUCCAACACUUGCAAGGAGAGGGAAAUUAAGGAGAGGAGUAGCACUCUCCCUCAUGUGA